AUGACGAUUGAAGACACCAAGAGCCAUGUGUCCCAAGGCAUGCUGGCUAAAGGAGCUUCCACCUCUCCCAUCUCCACAACCUUCGACGUACUGAGCCGAUACUACCUUUUCACUGAUACUCACCAGAGGGUCUGGUGGGAGAAGACCGGCCGGCUGUUCGACAAAGUCCUAGCUUCAUCGGGCUAUAGCCCUACCCGUCGCUUAGAGGCUCUCACGUUUUACAAACAAGUCCUGAUUCCACUUCUGGGCCCCUAUCCGCAUCAAUUCCGCAGCGCAAUUACCCGGAGUGGGCUGCCGCUAGAGUUCAGCGUUAACUACCAGCAACGGGGAGACGUCGACCCGGUGGUUCGCAUCGGAUUCGAACCAGUAGCUCCAGCAUCGGGAACAGAACUUGACCCCUACAACCAAAUGCCGUGUGUUGAUCUUUUGAACCAACUUGAAAAGCUGAAUAUACCGGGAUUCGACCCAUCAGUGUUCCGAUAUUUCCUGGACGCUCAUACUGUCAACAACCACGAGAAAGUGCUGCUCAAGGAGAAGAAGAUUGAAGGGAGCGACCUAACCUCCCAGGCUGCUUUUGGGUUUGAUCUGAAGGAAAAAGCUAUCUCAGUCAAGGGCUACACAUUCCCCGCUAUCAAGUGCGCGCUCAGUGAGAAAGGGUUUGGGGAUUUCAUUGCCCAAUCCAUUCAGCCCCUCGUGGCGCAAAUGGGCCCCAUCCCCUCGUUUGAUAUGGUGCACUCUUAUCUGGAAGAGACGAAUGGCUACAGCCAGUUUGCUUUCUGGUCCUUUGACUGUGUUGAACCUGCCCAAUCACGCCUCAAGCUCUAUAGCUCCCACAAUAGCGUCGUCUGGUCUAAGGUAGAGGAGAUAUGGACCCUUGGUGGACGGGCCAAGUCGCCUGUCGUCCAAGAGGGUCUGAAUUACCUCAAGGAGCUGUGGGAACUAACCAAGCUGUCCGAAGGGCAUCGUGAAUUCAAUGGCGGCUUUGACGAUGGCAAUGAUUCCACCGCGUCUCCAAUGGUGUGGAAUUACGAGAUGAAAAAGGGCGAGGCCACCCCACUCACGAAGUUCUACUUCCCAAUCCAUGGUGAGAGUGAUCAAAAUGUCAUUAGAGGCCUGGCCCAGUUCUUUUGCCGUAUCGGGUUGUCUAAGUAUGGUGAUGACUACGAGGCGACGGUGCAGCACUAUUUCCCCGAAAGAGAUCUGAGUAAAACCGCUCGUCUGACAUCAUGGAUUUCGUUUGCGUAUACGGAAAAUACGGGGGUUUACCUGAGUGUAUACUACCAUUCUUCCGAUGAAUAUCCAUGGUUAAAACUAGAGGAGAACAAUUAA